UCGCAAGUUAUAAUAAUCUAAGUUUGUGUUCCAGUGUCUCAAGUUGACGUGAAUCAAAUCAGUUUUAAACAUAAACGAUUUGUUCGAAGUUUUAAUUUAAUGGUGUCUAUUGCAAUACAGAGUGUGGUUUCGACCAUCUAAUGUGAAUUUUGCACGUGCAUAUUAUUUUUAUUGAAUUGGCCAUUUCAGUGAAGUAAGGAGUCAAGAUGAACAAAGAAGAGCCGAAGUUUAACAGAUGUUGUUUCUGUUUCCCACUGCGAUACGGCUUGUUGGUGUGGGCCAAUGUGAAAAUUUCAGUAGCAGCGUUCUUCAUAACUACAACAUCAUAUGCCUUACUCAGCCUAUGUAUGAUGUACUCUACGUAUGGGAGUGAAGAGAUGAGGUCGCGUUUCCACAGAGAUGUCGCUCUAACUAGUGUGGGCCUCGCUUUCUUUAUACUGGACUUCAUCGGAAAUAUUGUCUUUAUUAUUGGAGGGUACAAGAAAAAUAUAAGGCUGAUACGAUUCUUCUACUACUACAGUAUAGCGGUGUGGGUGUUUAGUAUAUUAGUGACUGCUUUGGCCAUCAGCUUUUCAAUCGAGGGCUGGUUAGCCAGGUACCUGCUGAUGAAGAUCUAUAUCGUUCACAUACUAAACUACUUUGGUUACUUCGCCAUUAUAGUUGUUCAAACUUACUUCUUACUACUACUAAAGAGUGAGAUUAUAAAAUUAAAUAAUGAUGCGUGCGAUCGCGAUAUCAAGUUUGAAAAGAACUCAACUCCAACAAAACGUAUGAGAAAACGAGACGAUACCGUGGCGGGAAGUGACUCGGAUUCAGUUGAGUCAGAAGUCGUAUACUGUGCCCUUUACAAAUUACUGAUAAUUGUACCUCUCCCCACUAAGUGCAAAAGCGAUUGCAUUUGGAAAUUAGCUAAAAUGGCUGAGCUGCCAGUGUUUAAAAAAUGUUGUUUUUGUAUACCUUUACGGUAUGGCCUGCUAACAUGGGGGUAUCUGAAAUUGGGCAUAGCAACGAUAAUUCUGAUCAUGUUCCUAGUUAUCUUGUCACAGAUACCAGUAAACUACAAGAAAGAUUUCAACAUUGUUAUAAUAAUAGUUGUGUUACUAAUGAUCGAGGUGGCAAUCCAUUGUGGAUUCAUUGUUGGAGCCCAUAAGAAAGUUGUGAAGAUCUUUAGACUUUACUUCUACUACGCUCUGUUCAUGUGGGCUGUGACUAUGAUGGCAGCAGUGGUCGCAACUGGUUUACUCUCUGUCACCUUGUACUUAAGAAAAGAUUCCAGUCGUGAAAUUAUCAUCUUUACCUUGAAUAUCGUAGGAUUCGCGCUGUCCAUUGCCAUCCAGACUUUCCUGCUUCUGGCUCUGCGGAGUGAAAUCAUCAAGCUUCGAAGUAACUGUCCGUAUAGAUUCGUUAAGGAUGACAAUGAGCCUGAAGGUACAAUCACUCCCGUUAGCCAAACUAUAGAUAUCACAUCAUCUAUCAGUACGGAGCCUAUACAUGAAAAAAUGGCAUUUUAGAGGAAAAUUAAUGUUUUAGACCAGAAGCUUUUGACACAUCAACGAUAAAUUAAACUGUCAAACACCAAGCGGUCACCGGUGACCGCAACCUAUUGUUCUAUAAUUGUGUCUAAAAAACCGGUACUCGACGAGUUAAAACGUAUCCAGAACUUCUUGGUCGUUUGUAAUGAUAAAUUAAAAAAAGGAAUUGAUAUGUGUUGAAUAAUUAGAGGACUGACGUAACUGUUCGAGGGAGAUCGACUAGUUUCAUGCCACACUCGAAUUCAGACCUUAUUAAAGACGUCGAGGGUACGUUUUUGUUUAGCAUGGUGGUCUAAAGGCUAAAAGUAUAGUCAACCAUUAAGUAAGUUAAGCAAAAAGAAGUUAUUUUUUUUAUUUUUACUUUCGGACCCAGUCUGAUUUGAAUUUCAAUUAAUUUAAUCAUCUGAACAUGCCUUUUUAUAGAAAGAAAAAUAGUACAUUAUAUUAUAGACCUUUAUUCUUACAUGAUAAGAUUGACUAUUCCUCGUUAAGUGCCUACAUAAAUGUACAUUAUUUUGCAAAUAUUGUGCCUUAGUCGCAAAGUAGGUAUGUGCUAAUUAUAAAUUAAACAUGUGUUUUUACUAGGUUAAUAAUUGUAUAAAUAAUUAAAUAUGUAUUUUUUAUAUGUUGUUAUUUACAAGUUAAUAUUAAGGUGCGUCUAGAUUUCACGAAUGCUUGCUUAUAGCGGCUAGUGAAAAAUAGUUAGUAAAAAUUGUAUUGCGCUUCAUUAAAUAAGUAAAUAAAAAUUGAAUUAAAUUGUAUUUUCAAAAUGGCGGGCUUUGUGAGAAAACUUGAUGUUAAGAUGAGAUCAAUUAUUAUAAUUAUGCAAGUACAUAAUACCUAUUAUUUUAUAUUCAACUAGCGACCCGCCCCGGCUUCGC